CUCCAUUCCUGACGCUGACGUCGUGAACCCGUGACGGAAUCGCUUUGGCAGCCCAACCAAUCUCCUCUUGCUCCUGGCUAGCGAGUACGUUGUUGCGUGCGUUGACUUGCAUUGGCGGCUCUGCUCCUCCUCCUCCUCUCUUGUCUUCUGUCUGUGAAGAGCGGCCGGCGGCCAAUGGAGAGCGGCGUCACGUCGCCAUUGCUGCCGCAGGAGGAGAAGGUGUACCACCGGGGCUGCCCUGGCUGUGCAAACGACCGGAGGAAGGAGCUCCAGGAGGGCUUGCCGUACAAGGAGUUCUUGUACGUCUGGAUCAUCUGCCUCGCCACUUCUCUACCGGUGUCAUCAUUAUUCCCCUUCUUGUAUUUCAUGAUAAGAGACUUGCAUGUUGCAAAAAGAACAGAAGACAUUGGAUUCUAUGCCGGAUUUGUGGGUGCUUCAUUUAUGCUUGGUAGAUGCUUGACUUCAACUGUGUGGGGAAUAGCAGCAGAUCGGUUUGGGAGGAAGCCAAUUGCCAUACUUAGUGUUUUCUCUGUGGUCAUAUUCAAUACUUUAUUUGGUCUUAGUACUAAUUAUUGGAUGGCAAUAGCUACAAGAUUUCUCCUUGGUGCUUUAAAUGGUUUGCUUGGGCCAAUUAAGGCUUACUCUAUCGAAGUUUGCAGACCUGAACAUGAAGCAUUGGGAAUAUCACUUGUCGGCACAGCUUGGGGAAUAGGUCUGAUCAUUGGGCCUGCUUUAGGAGGCUACCUUGCACUGCCUGCAGAAAAAUUUCCAAAAGUAUUUUCGCCUGACUCAUUCUUCGGGAGGUUCCCGUACUUUUUGCCAUGCUUAUGCACCUCACUCUUUGCUACUGUUGUUCUUGUGAGCUGCAUAUGGAUGCCGGAGACAUUACACAAGCACAAAGUUCACCAGAAUGAAAGUAAAAAUGAUGAAGCUUUGGAGGCCCACCAGAGUGACUACAAAGAGAAGGAUGAACAAAUUUCAAGUUUGGAUGGCAAGAAGAGUUUAUUCAAGAAUUGGCCCUUUAUGUCAUCCUUAAUUACUUAUUGUAUAUUUUCCUUUCAUGAUAUGGCUUAUUCAGAGGUGUUCUCUUUAUGGACUGAAAGUGAUAAGAAGUAUGGUGGGCUCAGUUUAUCGUCUGAGGCUGUAGGUCAAGUGCUCUCAAUUACAGGUGUCAGUCUUCUUAUAUAUCAACUCACUGUAUAUCCUCGUACUAAUAAAAUUCUUGGACCUAUCAAGACGUCUCGAGUUGCAGCUACUCUGUGCAUACUUAUUCUCUUUGGGUAUCCCUACAUGACAUAUCUGUCAGGAACUGGACUAUCCAUCAUUUUGAAUAUUGCAUCGAUCUUGAAAAUCAAUCUUGCUGCUACCAUCAUUUCGAGCAGUUUCAUCCUUCAGAAUAAUGCUGUGCCUCAAGACCAAAGAGGAGCUGCAAAUGGACUGUCAGUCACAGUAAUGUCCCUAUUCAAGGCAAUUGCUCCUGCAAUUGCAGGCACUGUGUUUUCUUGGGCACAAGCACGGCAGCAUACUUUCUUCUUUCCAGGUGAUCAGAUGGUGUUUUUUCUUCUGAAUGUCAUCGAGUUUCUUGGAAUUAUGCUCACAUUCAAGCCCUUCAUGGCCGCACCAGAGUCCAGAGCAGCAUAAUACUUAGGAAUUAGUCUUUUUUUUCUCCUCCUGUUUUUUUAGUUGAAGGGGAACAUUGAAUCAUUCAGAUCGAUCAUGGUGCAUGCAUAUGAUUUGUCGAGGGUUCUUCAAAAAAAAUAUGAUUUGUCGAGAUUACCAACUAGGCAAAUUUUAGUCGGUGCUCGCUAAACUGGGAUGUCAUUGUUAUAGCAAUCUACCAGUUUAGCAUGGGAUAAAAAAAAUACGUGGCCAUCAUCCCAUCAA